GGCUCCAGAGGUUUUAGGAGUCCUGUUUUUCUCACAAAGGGUUUGAACAAAACAUUGUCCGAGCUGUGUCGGCUUCUCCAAUGGCGACAUUCGAUGAGGCACCACCCGGAGACACCAAGGCUGGCGAGAAGAUCUUCAAGAUCAAGUGCGCUCAGUGCCACACCGUCGACCAAGGUGCCGGCCACAAACAAGGACCCAAUCUGAAUGGUUUGUUUGGAAGGCAAUCUGGCACAACUCCUGGAUAUUCCUAUUCUGCAGCUAACAAGAACAUGGCUGUGAUUUGGGAGGAGAAGACCUUGUAUGAUUACUUGCUUAACCCCAAAAAGUACAUUCCAGGGACGAAGAUGGUGUUUCCUGGUCUCAAGAAGCCACAGGAUCGUGCUGAUCUGAUUGCAUAUCUGAAACAAUCCACUGCGCAAUGAUUGAAUUUCCACACAUUCAGCUUAUCAAUGUGCUUUUGGAGUUCUGGAGAUUUAAUUUUCUGACAUUGGAUUUUCGGCAAAUAAAAUAGACUUGAUUAGUUUUCAAUGCUAUUUUAUUCAUUUUGCAUUACUUCUUCAUAGGUUGCCACAUAUAUUUUCUGGACUAAUGCUCGAAAGAAUUAGCUGUUGAAAGUUGAAACAAUCUUAUAAAGUUUACUUAUCUGGAUGCACAUCUAGUCCUGUUAUGCUGAGACUGGAAUUCAAAUAUUCAAUUCAGUAUUAAGCAGCCCUAAAUUGUCUGAAA